CAGCGCUCUGCGUACGGCAGCCAUGGAGAAACUGCUGAAAACGGGAUUGGAAACGUCUCUUCUGAAGGCAUUUGGGAGCUCAGGAGGAGGGUGCAUAAGCCAAGGGCAGUGCUAUGAGACCGACCACGGGCGAGUGUUUGUUAAAACCAACGGCAAGCCGCAGGCUAGGACCAUGUUUGAAGGUGAAAUGGCAAGCUUAGAGGCCAUUCAACAAACCAACGCUCUGCGGGUUCCAAAGCCAAUUAAAGUGAUCGAUCUUUCUGGAGGUGGGGCAGCAUUUGCUAUGGAGUACCUGAAAAUGAAGAGCCUCAGCAAAUUCUCAGCAAAACUUGGAGAGCAAGUAGCAGAUCUUCACCUUCACAACCAAAAACUUAAAGAGAAAUUAAAGAAAGAAGAAAACACCGUUGGAAAGGGAGCAGGCUUGAAUGAACCCCAUUAUGUGGAUAAGUUUGGAUUCCAUACAGUCACCUGCUGUGGCUAUAUAGCUCAGGUGAAUGAAUGGCAAAGCGACUGGCCUACUUUCUUUGUACGCCAUCGUCUCCAAGCCCAAAUGGAUUUGAUUGAGAGAGAUUAUGGAGACAGAGAGGCAACAGAACUGUGGUCUCGACUAAAGCCAAAGAUUCCAGAGAUGUUUUGUGACUUAGAGAUUGUUCCUGCCCUCGUUCAUGGGGACCUGUGGGCAGGAAAUGUAGCUGAAGACGACUCUGGGCCAAUUCUCUUUGACCCUGCUUGUUUCUAUGGCCAUUCAGAAUUUGAACUUGCAAUUGCUAUGAUGUUUGGUGGCUUCAGCAGCUCUUUCUUCUCUGCUUAUCACAGCAAAAUUCCCAAAGCUCCGGGCUUUGAGAAACGCAACAAGCUUUACCAGUUAUUUAAUUAUAUUAACCACUGGAAUCAUUUUGGAACAGGGUAUCGAGGAUCUACUCUGAAUGUAAUGCGGAAACUUUUAAAAUAAUUCUCAAACUUGCCUCAGAAAUGGUUAACCUGCACAAUGGGUUCCCUGCUUGAAAUCACAAUAACUGUUUCAAAGAAUAUGGGAGGCUACCUGGAAGUUACAGAAGGCAAGUAUUAAGAUAGCAUUGGUGUAUGGUGGAGUUGUCACGG